ACACAAGUUGAACGAGAACCGUUUCCGUCUCCAAAGAGAAGACCGCUUUGAGUGUUAACGUUAAUCGGUAGCAAAACGAGCCAUUUCGAGGGAAAUCGAGUGGGUUAAGGCGACAACGAUUCGCAGCGGAUACGAAUGAGUCAUGUGAAUUGGCACAGUAAAAUUGCGCCUCACGAGCUUCACCUAGGGAUCCACUCUCCUUUCCCUUUGUACCUCAGCAUCCCAGUGCAUAAUUCAAACCUCUGAGCAUGUCGGGACCAGAGCUCAAUCUCACCAUCAUCGUGUACGGUUCUUCAGAGACCGACCCAAGUGGCAAUGAACGGUUCUGCGGCGAACGUCAGCGACGCGCGGAGAUCGAGCUUCGCCCUCGCGUUCCUAAUCGUGAUAUGCUUCGGAACCAGACUCAGAUGAACGCCUGGGCACAAGGCGUUUUGAAUUCUGUUGGUGUUGACGUGAAGCACACUCAAAAGUGGCAUUGCGAGUUCUGUACUAAACCGGCUAGGGAGACUGUGCAUAUGGUCAUGUCUUGGAUGCACCUUAACCCUCCAAAGCUCAACGUCUAUGUCCAUAAUAUUUGUGACGCUGGGGUUGGACGAUGUUCGGAGACAUUAAGGUCAAUCCAAGCUGAGGCAGCGCUUUUUGCCACAGGCGGUCCCGGGCUCCCCCCUCGUCUCCCACCUGCGGCUGAUGGGCAAUAUCCAUUGGCUGCCAGUUGUGCAAGGUGCAAACGCGAAGAAACGGCGGAACAGGACCUUCAGCGUUGCUCAAGAUGCAAGUUAAUCAGAUAUUGCUGCGUGAAUUGUCAACGUGAAGACUGGGUACGUCACAAAGUGGUCUGCCGCAUGGUCAAGAACGUCGCCUGGGUAUGGGACUAAGAGAUCGCCACAUGACUGCUAGACCAUUGCAUACUGCGUUUUUGCCCCAUCAAAAUCUGAGCCGGCGUUCUAAUUUACUGCAGUCCUUGAAGCUUGAAUGGUUCAGAACAAUUAGGCGUCUACCAGUCAGGUCUUGUCUCUUGUUUCUUGCCGUCAUCUUUCCUGUUGUCCUACUACUAUCAUGCUCUGCUGAAAUCUUCUGACUUCUCUGUAUUCACUCCCUACAUUGAGUCGAGUACUUUGAUUGGUAUCGUAUCGGAGUUGAGAUACCAGCUUCAACGAGCGCGCUUCAAUGAUCAAGGCCCAGAGCUCGAACUCAACAUCAUUCUCUACGGCUCCUCCGCCACGGAUCCUCCAGCACCCGAACGAUUUAAUG